AGAAGGGAAAGAUGGAGCUUGCUCACAGCCUGCUGCUGAACGAGGAGGCUCUAGGCCAGAUCAACGAGGCCAAGCGCCCCAUCUUCAUCUAUGAGUGGCUGCGCUUCUUGGACAAGGUGUUGGCUGCAGCUCAUAAGGCCGAUGUGAAAGAGCACCAGAAAAAGCUAGUGGAGCAGCUGAAUGCACAGAUGCACUGUUCACCUGGUCCUCCGACCCGUAAGCUGCUGGGGAAGUGCCUGGCCAACCUGUACAGUGUGGGAGACACCUAUUCACUGUUCGAAACAGUCAACAACUGUGUGGAUAUUCUGAAAAACAAGGAUGACUCGCCCAGCUAUCUCCCCACUAGGCUAGCUGCCGUAGAAAUCUUAGGGGCUAUACAUGAAAAAAUGGGCCGGAUGGUUGGAAGCUCAUUCAUUGAUACAGUGCAAACCCUGCUCAAAGCUAUGAAAAAUGCAGAGUCUCAGGGUCGAUGUGAGAUCAUGCUUGCCCUGGAGAAGAUCCUGAUGGGCCUGGGGUCAGCAGCGGCCUCUCAGCACAAGGACAUCUACAAGGUGGCUCGGGGCUGUCUGGUGGACAGGUCACUGGUGGUCAGGGUGGCUGCUGCCAAGUGUCUGACCCAGCUUGUGAAUGAAGCUCCCUUCAUGUACACCAGCGAGCUGGACCGAGUGGCCUCGCUCUGCUUCCAGGCCAUGGACGGCUCAAACUACGACGUCCGCUGUGCUGUGGCCAGACUUCUAGGUGUCACCAUGGCAGCACCCUUCACUCCAAAGGCGACCACAGGAAAAAUGAAGAAGCCAUCCUUAGACGAUGUGUUCAGUGUUCUGUCCUCUGGAUUUCUGAGGGGAGGUUCAGGCUUCCUUAAGGGGGGCGGAGGAGAGCUGUUGAAAGGGGGAGAAGUCAGGAGAGAAGUCCGGGUGGGGGUUACACAGGCUCAUGUUGUGUUUGUGAUGACCUUGGGGGGACCUUGGCUGGAGAGGAACAUGUCUGUCUUCCUCACACAUAUCCUAGAUCUACUGGCAAGUCCAAAGGCCACCCCCACCCAUGUGGAUGCUGUAUACUCCAGGAAGUGUGUGUCCUUCAUGCUGCGGGCAGUGCUGGGGAAACUGUUGGGAGAGAAGGCACAGAUCGCUGCUGCCAGGGAACUCUGCCAGUUCGUCAGCAAGCAGAUGGCAGUUGUUGAUGAUGCCAGUAGUAAGGCAGAGUCUGAUGGCAGAGGAGCUGCAGACAUCUCCAACACGCAGCACUCGCUGGUGUGCGCCCUGCAGGAGCUGGGCAGCCUGCUGCAGAGUCUGCAGACAUGUGCCGCACCUCUGGUUACUGAAGCGAACUCAAGUAUAAUUGAGCCAGUGAUAUCAGUCCUACUGCACCCAAGCAUUGCAGCCCGGCUAGCGGCAGCCUGGUGCCUCAGAUGUAUCGCAGUGGCCCUGCCCUCACAGAUGACCCCUCUGAUAGACAGGUGUGCUGACCGAAUGAACACCCUGAAGUCCUCCCCGGAAGCUGUGUCAGGCUACAGCUAUGCCCUGGCAGCCCUGAUUGGUGGAGUCCACCAGUGUCCGCUUGGCAUUCCACAUUCAAAGGGCAAACUGGUCUUCAGCAUAGCAGAGGAGCUGCUCCGUACCGCCACCCAGAACAGCCGCAUGUCCAUGCAGCGCACUCAGGCGGGCUGGCUGCUGCUGGGGGCACUCAUGACAUUAGGUCCACCCUCUGUGAAGCCCCAUGUCCCCCGGAUGCUGCUGCUCUGGAGAAAUGCCUUCCCUCGGUCCAAGCAGGAGCUAGAGGGGGAGAAGGCUCGGGGAGAUGCCUUCACCUGGCAGGUCACCUUAGAGGGGAGGGCAGGGGCGCUGUGUGCCAUGAGGAGUUUUGUGGCCCACUGCAGUGAGCUGUUAACAGACGAUGUGACCAGAAGACUCAUGACCCCGCUGGAGUGUGCCAUGACAAUGAUGGCUCACAUCCCGAGUGUGAUCAAGUCGUAUGGUGCCCAUCUGAAGGCCAGUGCUGCCAUGGUCAGGCUCAGGCUGUAUGACAUUCUCGCCCUUCUCCCACCUACAGCUUAUGAAGGUAGUUUCAAUGCCCUGUUAAGAGAGCUGGUGGCAGAGUUUACCCUGACAGACAACCCUGCCAACACCACCACGUCCCUGCUGCGCUCCAUGUGCCACACCGACGACACCCGCAUCCUGGGCUCCUGGCUGGAGGAGACGGACCACAAGUCUGUGGAGGACCAGCUCCAGCCCAACAGUGCUUCUGGAUCAGGUGCUCUGGAACAUGACCCCUCCUCAAUAUACCUGAGAGUGGACCAGACUGUAGCAGUCCCGGGCCCCCUCCCCCUCGGGGUUGCAGUGAUAGAUGCAUCAGUGGCCCUGUUUGGUGUGGUGUUUCCCCACGUGGCCCAGAAGCACCGGCUGCAGAUGCUGGAGCACUUUGCUGAGUGUAUUCGGCAGGCCAAGUCACAGCGGCAGCAGGCUGUCCAGAUGAACAUCUUCACUGCUGUACUGAGUGCCCUCAAGAAAGAGAUGAGAAAAGAUGCCAAUCUGAAGGGUCUGGCGGAUAACAAGGGUGGACUAGGGGGAAAGGAGAUCAUCCGCCAGGCUAAUGAACUGAUUAUGAAUGCCCUGAUGAACCCCAACCCCAUCCUGCGGUGUGCAGCAGGGGAGGCCCUGGGGCGUAUGGCGCAGGUGGUGGGGGACAGCGCCUUCAUCGCGCAGCAGGCACAGAACAGUUUUGACAAGUUGAAGUCAGCCCGAGAUGCUGUCUCCAGAACAGGACACUCCCUGGCGCUGGGGUGCCUGCACAGAUACGUGGGAGGGAUGGGGUCAGGACAGCACCUCAACACCAGUGUCAGCAUCCUGCUGGCCCUGGCACAGGACUCCAGCUCACCUGUGGUGCAGGCUUGGGCUCUUCAUGCGUUGGCCCUGAUAUCUGACUCUGGAGGCCCCAUGUUCCGUAGCUAUGUGGAGCCCUCGCUGUCCCUGGUGUUACAGUUGUCCCUCACCAUCCCCCCUGCUCACACUGAAGUGCACCAGUGCCUGGGCAAGUGUUUAGAGGCUCUCAUCACUACACUGGGACCUGAGCUCCAAGGUAACUCUGGUGCAGUGGCCACAGCGCGCACCUCCUGUCUGGUAGCCUGUGCCAUCAUGCAGGACCACCCUGACUCCCUGGUGCAGACGGAGGCCAUCUCCUGCCUGCAGCAGCUCCACCUGUUUGCACCACGGCAUGUCAACCUGUCCAGUCUCGUGCCCAACCUGUGUCGUAACCUGGGCAGUACUCACCUGCUGUUGAGGCGGGCGGCUGUGGCCUGCCUGAGACAGCUGGCCCAGAGAGAGGCUCGGGAAGUCUGUGAGUACGCGAUGACACUUGUCAAAGACAAGGAUGUCAAACUGAAGACUGGAAAAGAUGAGAAUGCCCCAGAAGAAGUCAACAUCACAGAAACAGGUCUGGAGGGGGUGCUGUUCGGCAUGUUGGAUAAGGAAGUGGACCAGAAGCUGAGGAGGGACAUCCAUGACACCCUGCUGAGCAUGCUGCAGUCCCUGGCAGCAGACAACCUGUCCCACUGGCUGCAGCUCAGCAGAGAUGUGCUCACUGCAGCCACAGACACAGGUGGUCCUCCUCAGCCGAAGACUCUGCUAGGGAGGAAAGAUGAUAAAGAGGACAAGGAGGAAGAUGAUGACACAGCUAAAUUCCAUGCCGGGGGAGAGGCAAAGACCCAUCCCACCGUGGCGCCCCGCUGGCCAACCCGCAUGUUUGCCACCGACUGUGUGAGGAAAAUCAUCCAGGCCUGUGAGGGAAACCCGACCAACUUCGACCUGAGGAAGGCAAAGGAGCUGAAAGCGUCUAAUCAGACAGUGGACUUCCUGGUGCUGCACCUGUCUGAGCUGGUCAGGAUGACGUUUAUCGCAGCUACAGCAGAUAACGACCAGCUGAGGCAGUAUGGGCUGCAGGCUAUACAGGAUGUGAUCACCAAGUUUGCAAAAGUUCCUGAGCCUGAGUUUCCAGGGCACUUCAUUAUGGAGCAGUACCAAGCACAGGUUGGAGCUGCUCUUAGACCUGCCUUUACUCCAGACACGCCCUCAGAUGUUACAGCCAUGGCCUGUGAGGUAUGCAGCACCUGGAUUGCGAGUGGUGUCUUCGUGGACCUGAAUGACCUGAAGAGAAUACAGCAGCUGAUGGUGUCAUCACUCGCCAAGCUGAAGCGUGGGAAGGAUGCUCCCUCCCAGCUGUACAGUGAAAGUGCCUCCAGUAUGGAGAAACUAGCCGUGCUGAAGGCCUGGGCAGAGGUGUAUGUAGUAGCCAUGACCAAGCAGCCCCAGUCCAAGACUCCUGAGGAGGAGCCAGAGAAUGACGAGGGUGAGCCUGAGAGCCUGCUGACCAUGGUCCAGCCUGAGCUGCCCUCCCUCAGCAAACACUGGCUGGCAGCGCUGAAGGACUAUGCCCUGUUGGCCCUGCCCCCAGAGUUCUCCAGUCAGCUGCCCACGGAGGGAGGUGCCUUCUACAGUGCUGAGGCUGUGGACAGUGCCAGGCCACACUACAGGAGAGCAUGGCCACCCAUACUGUAUGCUGCAGCCCUGUGGCUGAACGAUGGGGGCUUCGCACAUGUGGCUGCUGAGAAAAAUGAGGACCUGGGACCAUUAGGAGCUGGGAUGGGUGGAUUUGAUGGCAGUAUGUUACAGAAGAAGAAAACUCCAGAGGAGAUAAAUAGUGACAGGUUCCACUUGAUACUAGGCAUUUCUAUAGAAGCGUUGUGCUCACCCCAUGCCAGCCAGCCCCUAGAAACUGUCUCUACAUGUCUACAUGCUAUGCACAAACUCCUGGAUGCACCAUGGCCCAGAAGCCAGCUUGUAACGGAUCGAGCAAUUUCCAUUGAGGUUCUCAACGUUCUGCACAGACUGUUGCUGACCCGGGAUGCCCUCCCCAUCCAGCUGGCUAUCAUGUCUGUGGCCAGACAAGUUAUCUUGGCAGCCAAGGAACAGUUAAAGGACAACAAGAAACAGCUAGACUCCAAAGAGGAAAAAGCAGACAAGCUGGAUGCUAAGGCCACUCCUGUGGGGGAGGGAGGGGACAGCGGAGACAUUGUCCCAGGGAAGUCCUCUGUGUUUGCGGCCCUGGAGGUGUGCCUGUGUGUGCUGAUCCGACAGAUCCCGGCCCUGAACCCCUCCAUGCCCGCCCCUGCCCAGUUGCAGAACGGGGGCCAGCGGCGGGGGCUGGGGGAGGAGGCUAACCAGCUGGUGUCAGCCGCCGUCGCCAUCAUGGCUGAUCUACCGGAGCUCUGCUCACCUAAAGGGAGUGUCUCUGUGUUGCCCACCAUCCUGUUCCUGACCACGGGGGUCCUGAGGGAGACGUCCUGCCAGGCAGGGGACGCCAGGUUACCCCUCCCCGUCAGCACAGCUCUACAGAGUCUGAAGUCGCUGGCCUCCAGCCCACUGGCCAGGGACGAUGCCUGUGCCACAGAGUGGACCAGGCUGCUGCAGAGCACACUGGCCACCAUACUGGACUUCUCUAGCAAACAAGAUGGUUCUGGAUCAGGUGUGCAGCAGGUGACCACACUCCUGGCCCUGGCCAUGCUCAUCAUGGCCUCCCCACAGCAGGUCACCACCGCACCCAACCUGCAGGAGCAGUGUAUAGACGUCUUCAAAAAGGCCUGGCUGUCUGACAAUCCACAGCUGCAGCUGAAGUGCCUGCAGACCCUUUCCUCCAUCUUCCAAGCAGACGUGGUGGUGGCCACACCCUACAUCCACACCAUGGGCCCGCUGGUGGUGGAGCGUCUGCAGCAGGCCAGCAGGAACAAGCCCAGCACAGAGAUGGAGCUGGCCACAGUUCUGGAGGCCCUCAAGCUGCUGGAGACGUUAGUGGCCAUGACAGAGGACCACCUCAGAGUCCAUCUGGUCAACCUGCUAGUUCCCAUCCUGGUCAGUUAUUUGGUAGACUCAAGCCUGCUUCAAAGCACAGGAAAACUGUCUCGGACUCUCCAUGAAAAAGCAUUGCAAAACCUCUUAAAGAUAGGCCCCCAAUAUCCAGCUGCCUUCAAGAGUGUGAUUACCUCUGCACCUGACCUGAAGGCUAAACUGGAAGCAGCCAUCAGAGCCAGCCAGGCUAGCAAAGCAGCUUCCACCAAGCAGUCUAAAGCAGCACAACCUGCACAGCCCAGCAUCAAACUUAAGAUGAACUUCAGCAACUUCACAGGGUAAAGGAUUCUUGGUGUAGACAGUAGUGUACAGAAUGGAGGUGUGCAAUGGCUUUGAUUUCAAGUGCCAUACAUUGAUUGAUACAUCUGUGUAAUUACAUGUAACUAAAGAAAAUCUCAGCAAAGCUAUCACCAAGUCAUUUUCUGUAUAGAUUGAUGGAUGGUAAAAAAAAUAGUGAAUUGUAGAACUUAAGAGAUGUAUAGGAAAGCAGGUUUUAUAGGUGUUUUGUAUUGUACUGUCUGGAACUGUCCAGUCUUUGAAUUUUGCUCCUUAUAUAAAGUUGUAUGAUACUUUAUCAUGUUUUUAAACGGAUUGUAGACGGCAACUAUUGAUUUUAGUUUCUUUUUAUUUUGAAUUGUUUUCAAGGAAAACUCAUUUUAUAUCCUCUUUGCUUUCUCAGCUUUGAGGUGCCUGUCCUUAUUUUCUUUGAGUUACAUUCAGUAUUACUACAUGAUAGUGUACUUAACAGGGCAAUUGGAUACACACUUUGAGAAGGAUGAUUUUAUCAUAUUACCAAACAAGCGAUAUGGAUAAAGCAGCAACUAGUCAUGUUACAUGGAACUCCUGAAUGUUGUUCAAUACUGGAACUGUUCUGAUCUUAGUCACAGGGUUCCUCCUUCACAGGUCCUUAGAGAAGGUUAAUGUGGCAGCGGGACAAUAAUGAUUAAUAUAAGAUAAUAUAAAUAUUCCUUAACAGAGAUACAUGUACAUAGGUUCAUUGGCACCAGCAUUCCAACAUGGUCUUUUGCUUUGUUAAUGUAAAGGACAUUUGGCCCCUUUGACAUGUAAUGCCCACUGUGUUGCCCACUGAUGUGGGUUCUUCUGUAAACAUAACCACAUAUUGAUAAUUGUCAUGAUGUUGAAAUAUUUGUUAAUGCUCACUUGUUGCCUUCUGCACCAAUCAGAAGAAGGAGUAAGGUUCAAGGGCAGGAGGACUACUGGGCCAUUAAACCCAGGACUAAUGUGGCAAUGAUUCAUCUGGGCUCUUCUGGCCCAAACACUUUUCCAAUGGGGUCUGUAAAUAUUCAGUAUGUUUUCAAUGUCUGCAGUAUAAGUUAUCAUCAUCCUGCCAAGAAGAAGAAGAAGAAGUAGAACAUGGAGUUUGUAAAUUGUUCUGUGAUUGAAACCAGUGGGAAAUAUUGAGUGGAAUUGAAUGACAACUGACCAGCCUCAGUACCACACUCUACAACACCCUGCUGUGAAUGUUAGUUUAGCUUCACUACUGUUUAUAAGUACAAUGUAAAUUGAUGUAUAGAUAGAUUACAAGCAUGUGGUAGUUAUCUGCUUUGAAAUGGCUGUAAAAGAAAGAAAGCUUUGUGACCUGUAUUAAUCCUGUCCCAACAAUAGGUACCGGUAUGGAUGUCUUGUGUGUAGAUAAAGCAUGUUAGGGAAGUGGUACUGAGGAAGGCCAGGAUAAGUUGUGUUAUCCAUCAGAAAAAGCUGAUGCAGUCACUAGUAGGAUGGAAGUCUGGUUCUGUAACCAACCAGUAUGUAAAAUGCUGCUGUAAUUGUAGAAAUUUUAAUGGUGCUGUUGUGAGUGGAAUAAAUCCUAUAUUUUGCAUUAAAGAUGAUGUAAAAGCAGG